AGAAGAGGCCAGCAUAGGGGGGCAGGGGUCGCUGGGCUGUCAGUCAGGUGGUGCACCUGGGUCAGAGGUCUCAGGGCUUCGUGUGAAGGGGCUAGCCUAAUCUGUCUCAGGCAGGGACCUUACUCCCGGUUCCUGGACCCUGUUGGUCCCCUCUUUCCUUACACCUAGCUUGGGGGUGACACUGAGCUCCCCUCCCCCUGUCUGGGAGGCAGGGAGGAGCCGUGAGGGGUGGGGGGGGUUGCUGCUGGGACUUUUGAACUGAAUUUUGAAAGCUUAGUAGGAGUUCACCCAUAUGAGUCUCAGUGGAUGAGCAAAUAUCCCAGAUGCACCCCCCCAGUCUGCUGGGGCUGUGGGGCACGGGGUCAGCACCAUCAAAUGCCAUUUCCGGGGUGUGUUACACAACACGGGGUAUCAGUCGGCUGCUGACCGGUAACAAACACCCAGCAAUUUAAGUUAUUUAGAAUGAGUCCUCCUGGGUGCCAUCAGUGGCUAGUCCAGGCUGGCACACUUGGACUCUGUCCAGAGAGCAACAAGCUCUCUAACACCAAAGAUCAUAAUUAUGUCUUCUUUUCCAACAUAUUCUAUGCUGGAGGAAGUCACUUAGCCAAGUCCAGACACAGGGCUCAGAAACAAUUGACUUCUUGGUUUUGGGGAGGUUGCUUUGUUUUGUUUUGAGACAGGCUUUCUCUGUAUUGUUUUGGAGGCUGUCCUGGAACUCGCUCUUGUAGACCAGGCUGGCCUCGAACUCACAGAGAUCUGCCUGCCUCUGCCUCCCGAGUGCUGAGAUUAAAGGCAUGCGUCACCAACGCUCGGCACAAUCUGACUUCUUGAAGACAGAAAUUACAAUGCAAAAUUGCACAGGGCUGGGAGAAAUCUCACCAUUUCCAAAGACAUUCUGUCUUGCUGGGGAGAUAAUUGUCAUUGGGUUUUGGCUAGCUAAGAGUUUGCCAGACAAGUCUCCUUGGCACCGGGUUGAUUGCUUCAGUGUGUGCCAAGGCAAAGAUGGCGCGGCCGAUCCAGGUGAAGCCAGCGGACAGUGAGAGCCGUGGAGGUAGGGACCGGAAGCUGUUCGUGGGCAUGCUCAACAAGCAGCAGUCCGAGGAAGACGUGCUCAGGCUCUUCCAGCCCUUUGGAGUCAUCGAUGAGUGCACAGUGCUGCGAGGACCUGAUGGCAGCAGCAAAGGCUGUGCCUUCGUGAAGUUUUCUUCCCACACAGAGGCCCAGGCGGCCAUCCAUGCUUUGCAUGGCAGCCAGACCAUGCCGGGAGCCUCCUCCAGCCUGGUGGUCAAGUUCGCCGACACGGACAGAGAACGGACUCUGCGGCGGAUGCAGCAGAUGGUUGGCCAGCUGGGCAUCCUGACGCCAUCCCUCACCCUGCCCUUCAGCCCCUACAGUGCCUACGCCCAGGCUCUCAUGCAGCAACAGACAACAGUGUUGUCCACCUCCGGCAGCUACCUGAGCCCUGGCGUAGCGUUCCCUCCCUGCCACAUCCAGCAGAUUGGCGCCGUCAGCCUUAAUGGCCUGCCCGCCACACCCAUCACCCCAGCCUCCGGGCUACACUCGCCCCCGCUGCUAGGCACCGCUGCUGUUCCUGGCCUGGUGGCACCCAUUCCCAACGCCUUCCCAGGCGUCCUGCCCUUCCCCGGGAGCCACCCUGCCCUGGAGACUGUGUAUGCCAAUGGCCUCGUCCCCUACCCAGCUCAGAGCCCCGCUGUGGCAGAGACCCUCCACCCGGCCUUCUCCGGAGUCCAGCAGUACACAGCCAUGUACCCUACCGCGGCCAUCGCGCCCGUGGCGCACGGCGUCCCGCAGCCUCCUCACCUCCUGCAGCAGCAGCGUGAAGGUCCCGAAGGCUGUAACCUGUUUAUCUACCACCUCCCCCAGGAGUUUGGAGACACGGAGCUGACCCAGAUGUUCCUUCCCUUCGGCAAUAUCAUCUCCUCCAAGGUGUUUAUGGAUCGGGCUACCAACCAGAGCAAGUGUUUCGGAUUCGUGAGCUUUGACCACCCGGCCAGCGCGCAAGCAGCCAUCCAGGCCAUGAACGGCUUUCAGAUCGGUAUGAAGAGGCUGAAGGUGCAGCUGAAGAGACCCAAAGACCCCGGACACCCGUACUGACCACGCCCACGGCUCCUCCGCGGUGGGUCUGGCCCCAGGUGAGCCGCCAGGCGGCCCUGUUCCCUGCCCAGCCCUGGUACCAUCCAACCCUCCUCCCAUCCCGUCUCUCUCUCCGAAUCCUGGGGGCGGGAGUGAGGCUCCAAGACGCCAACUGGUGAUAGACCCUCUCCCCGUCACCUGUGGCGGGGACACAGAGGUGGGAUUCGGCUGGGGGGUGGAGAGAAAUCUGGAGCUCCCACCAAGGGGGCUUCCUGGGAAAAUUUUGAAGAAUGAAUAGAAGGUCACUCCAGAGGUGGGUUUGUGGGUCUGGGGUUUGAUGGGUGGGGCUUCUAUCCAGUCCUGGGAAGAGCUCCCCUCCUCCCAGCUGAGAGACCCUAAAAUCAGAGAAAAGAUGUUUGGCACACACCCCAGUCUGGCUGCCUACAGUUGGAACUUGGAAUGCCCGGUUAAGCUUGGCCCAGAACUGAAGCAGAGGUGAUGGGGACCCCAGCACAGCCCCCCCGUCCUCCACCUCUGUCCCCGCCGGCUCCCUGGACCUGGAAAGCACGGUCUUCUAAUUUCAUGCCCAGUGGGUUAACAAUCCCAGAGCUUACGACACUCACAAUCUCGCAAAACUAACAAAAAGCCAGAUAUCCUCAAAACAAAACAAAAACCUAAACGUCAGAUUCCCACCAAACCACAUUCUCAGUACUCUCUUUGGGACUGAACUGAUUUUAAAAGGUGGGGUCAACUGCACACUGCCUCUUGGGAGGUGACAGCCCGGCCACCCAGCAGCAGCAGCCACCUACAGAGUGCCCAGGAACACUUGGAUUCAUUUCUUCUCUUUCUUCUCCUUUUUAAUCGUCUCACCCAGGGUCUGGUAGAGGUCAGCUGUCUUUAGUCUUCAGCGUUUUCUGAGUUUUGGGGUUUUAUUUAUUUUGGUUUCAAUUAGGAAACCUGCCAAUGGUGAACAAACCCCCAGAGAUCUGCCAGGCCUUCCCUUUUAACCCAGUGUCCUGUGGAUACUCUGCACUGGACUGGGGAGGAGCCAGAAUGUGAAUGUCCCCAAACUGAUGGUGACGUCAGAAACGGGGGUUGUCUUGCCAGGACAGAAGUGAAUGCCCCACUCCCCCCUCCAAUGCUCCCUAAUGCCCUCCCGCCAUCCUCCCCAGGUUGAGAGUUUCCCCCACUUCCAACCACCCCAGGACUUUUAUGUAAAUUACAGCCAAGUUUGGAUACCAGCCCUCCCAGUGACCCCCCUCCCCAUCUGUCCCCCCAUGUAGGCUCCCCAAUUCCAAAGCCACCGAGAGCCACAUGGAGCGCAAAAUGCUCCGUGGCGUGGCGUGAAAGGGACAGGAAUCUGAGCCCGAGUCUGAGGGGUCCACACACUGCCAAUCACCAUCCUCCCCUCGACUUGGAGACAUCCCCCGUCCAACUCGGAGGCUUUCCAGGCCAGCCAGUACCCCUUAGGCAGAACCCCCUCCCUGUUCCCUGUAGCAGCUCACGAGAGUGUGCACCAUAGACUAUGUAUUUUUGGAGUAUGAACCACAGGGGCCAAACGGUGUCUCUGAGCCGGCCACUCCCAGGGACCAAGGAGAGACGAGGCCGGCUGGAGGCUGCCCCCCACGGACGCCAAACCAGGACCCCGCCAACACCUAUACCUCCAGUUCCUGGGGUCCCCACGGCUGCUGACACCACCCGCCACGUCCGGCCCCCUCCCCUGCCUGCCGCACGCCCCUCCCCCUUUCACAGCCUUACUUGGGUGACCAGGUGUCCUUAGCUUCCCGCUGGGGAAGCCUCCUGCCCCCUGUUGCCCCAGGUGCCCCCCACUGUCCCCCGUGUCUCCCCCACUGCCUGCCAGGUGUCCCCCUCCCCCAUCCUCCAAUCACCAGCCUUGAGGUCACCCGGAUGGACGUGGCCACAGACUGCCAGACACGGUUGCUGACACCGCGGACUCCGCACUGAUUUCUUUUCUUUCCUUUUUAUUUGUGGUCUUUUUCAAGACCACAAGGCAGGGCGGGGGUGGAUGGACUCACUGAAAACCCGCUUCUGUUUCCUAGUGGGGCUUGGGAGCACUUUGGUGGGAGCCGCCCCUGUAUAUUACCCCUGCCGGCGCCCACCGCAAAGCACAUAGUUGGGGGGGGGGGGUCCAGAUCCCCUCCGAUGUGUCCAAAAGCAAACAAAAGAGACAAAAAAAUUUUUUAAGGUUUAAAAAAUGCAAAAAACAAAGAUUUUUAAAAAUCCCUUUUCAUUUCUGAUCCAAAACAAAAGUGGGGAGUAAAUAAAAAAAAUAAAACCCCACCCCAAUUCCGCCCACCUUGCUUCGCGUCCCCCGUUUACGUUCCUACAGUGAGACUAUGUUCCGUCCACGCGCGAGCGUGUGGCCCCAGGGUCGCCCGCUGGUGUGCGCAACGUCUAGUUCAUGUUUACGAGCUGUAAAUACCGUUUUUAUACUCCACACGAGAGACCCUAUGUGAUUUGUACGACGGGCUUUAUUUCUGCUACGACGAAUUUCGUGAAAUUUCAACUUCAAACUGAAUUUUAGAGACAAGCAGAGAGAGGAUGGGGACUGGGGGUUGGAGAGGGAGUGUGGGCGUCCGUCCCCUACCUCCUGUUCGUGUGCGGAGGAGCGGGCAUCUCAAUGGCAAAUCACCUCUCUCUGGUCUGGAAAAAGAAGAAAAAAAACCUAAAAGUUUAUUUAAUAAAAGUUUUACUUGUUAA